ACCCUAAACCCUGAAUCCCAAAAUUGACCAAGCAAGCGAGCAAAACAUCAAAAUCCAAAGGCUGGUUGAUUUGGUGAGUCCUUUCUGAUUGCCCCAAGUAUCUCUCAAUUAUCAUUUGCUUCAAUUAUGUUUAGCCUAUGCUCUAAGAGAUUGCAAUUGCUUCUUCCAAGUCGUAGCAUUUCCGUUAAUUCAGUAACCUAUUUGCAUUCAUCUCGAAACCCACUUUCAUAUUCAUCAAAAUCAUUACUGGGUUCUGAAAAUGAUAAACCAAAUCAAGAAGAUAAAGGAAGCUCUUUUACAGUUUCAUACCUUAGAAACUCAUUUGGGAUGUCCCCAGAAAUCGCUCUCCAUGUGUCAGAGAGGGUGCACUUUGAAACCCGAGAGCGACCCGACUCAGUUAUUAAGCUUUUCAGAGAUUACGGACUCAGUGAUGCCCAAGUCCAAGUGCUUGUUAAGAAACUGCCAAGGCUGCUCUUGCGCAGUCCUGAAAACCUUUUGCCCAAACUUGAGUUCUUAGUUUCUAUUGGCCUUUCAGGCAAUGACCUUGCCAAGGCCCUCUUUAGCAAUCCCAUUAUGUUGACACGGAGCUUAGAGAAAUGUAUCAUUCCUUCUUAUCAUCUGAUCAAGAGUAUAGUUGGUGAGGAUCACAGGGUUGCUACAUUCUUUAGGACCUCAAGAUGGACAGUGUCAGGGGUGUUUGAAAGAAAUCUUGUGUCUAAUGUUGCAUUUUUGAGAGGGAAGCUUGGAGUGCCGGAAUCAGCAAUCUCUGUUUAUCUGACCUGGCAUCCUUUCAUGAUGUGCCGUAAACCCGAGGGUUUCAAGGAAGAUGCCAGCAAGCUCAUGAGUAUGGGGAUCGAACCUUCAUCAUCUUCGAUAUUCAUGAAAGCAUUGGUUGUGACUUCUAUGGUGGAUGCAUCAAAGCGGGAGCAAAAAAUGCGAGUUUUUAAGGGAUGGGGAUGGACUGAAGAUGAUUUCAUGCUGGCAUUUAGAACGAAUCCCUUGUUUAUGACCUUGUCUGAGAACAUUCUUUCGAGCAAAAUGGAUUUUCUUCUGAAUAAAAUGGGGUGGCAGCCUGCAGAUGUGGCUAGAAAUUCAUAUGUUUUGAGUUAUAGUUUGGAGAGGCGGAUCAUACCUACAUGUUCAGUUAUUAGAGUUCUCCUGGUGAAGGGCUUGAUAACAAAGGAAGGCUUUUCCUUAGUAAAUAUUCUGAAGAAAAGUGAGAAGUGCUUGUUGGAUAAUUUUGUGUGCAAAUAUCAAGAGCAAGUGCCUGAACUGUUGAGCAUCUAUCAAGGCAAAACAGGUCUUGCAGAACUCGGCUUAUAAAUUGAGGAGAGAGCUAGAGUGGAUCAUUUGUAAUUUGUUCAUGAACUGGAUUAUUAGAAGUGCCUAUCAGUUUACCACUCAUGCACUUCUGUAAUCUUUUACCAUUCUCCCCCUUGCAAAGUACUGUUUUCUUUGAAGUGAUAGCUGGAGUUAGCCAUCUAUUAUUUGCAGUUAAAACUGAGAUAAACUCAUACUCCUAUGACUGACAUGAAGACAUUUUGAUUUAGAUUGUUCAAAGUCAAGGAAUUUCAGUCUAUACUCUAUAUUGCCAUCUCUAUUAUGUCUUCUGAAACAUUGAAGUUUGUCCUGUGGGAACUCGUUUCCUGCCAUCAGCAACUUGGAUUCUAUAUUCUUCUGAAAGAAAA